AUGCGAAGGCCCAGCGGCAACGUGGGGCAGAAGCAUCAGUACUAUCAUCAUCAACAGUACGACCACCACAACAACUUUGACCGCAACUUCCGUCAGCCCGACUAUCCCCAGCAGCAACAAGGCCAUUACAACUUCAAGGAGUGCCAAUAUAGUCACAGUGGUGUUGAGGCCCACAACAGCGACCCCGAGCCGGCCUUGGGCGACGUUGAGCAGUAUCUCGAGAACCAGCACCAGCUCCUCCAGUCGAACCGUCUUUCAAAGGAGGCCCGCUCACACAAGGCAGCAGGACCCAGGUCAUCAGCCAGAUCCCAAUUGCCCACCAAGCUGGGUCUCAGAUUAAGCCUACCUGGUGCGGCAGCAGAGUCCGACAUGUCGUCCAACUCCAGCUUACGUGGGAGCAGCGACUACGACACUCUCGAGACCGAGGACGACGACAAGGGGAUUCUUGGCAGUGACUCCAACGACACUGACUCGGUCUUGGGCGACGCAAUGGCUCUCGACAAGAGGUCCCGUCGCAAGCGGUCCAUGCAGCGUCUCAUUGCCAAGAACAAGACCCUGAAGUCUUCCCUCCAGCAGGCCAAGGCCGACCUCGCUGCCGAGAGACACAACCGUGCAAUGAUUGACCAGAUCUACCUCAAGAUCAAGAAGGAGCUCAACAGUAAGCUAGAGGCCGAGGAGUCCAAGGUCGCCAACCUUCGCGCAGAGCUUGAGCAGAUGACGCACAAUGUGCAGGAGCUCAAGGAAAACUCGUCCUCGUACAAGAUCGGAUACGACAGUUCGGCCUACUCGCUCUCGUCAGGACUCGGAGGCCUGAUGCUCCACCAUUCCAACAUCCCCGACUGCGAUGAAGACGAAGAAGAAGAAGAGGAGGAAACGUUUAUCAAGGCAGAAAAGUCGAGCAGGACCAAACAGGACAGCUCCUCGUCUUGUGGGUGGCAAGAUAGGUGGCAUACACAGGAGGAAAAGACGGUGGCGGAGGAGGUUCGCGCCACCGACAUUAAUCACGGUGCAGUUUCGGAGCAAGGCGAUGACAGCGAGAAGAAGGUCAGCUUCCUUGCUACUCCGAUUGAUACCCCGGCUCGCGCACGGUCACCUCUUCCGAUCUUCGCUGAAUCCGACAACGAGGAGCAGGGCGACGACGAGUACGAGGGCGACGACAGCGAUGACGAUGAUGGGGAGGAUGCGCCCUGUACAAUGAUGGAGCUUUUCAUUAAUAAGGAGCAAUCUCAAUCCUCCGAAGAUGAUACCCAGGACGCAGCUGCAGACGCCGACGAGACGUUUGAUUCGAUGACCGAGAAGUUUUUACACCAAGCCAUUCGCGCCAAGCUUACAGCCGCACGGACCAUCCUUCAGUUGGACGACCUCUUGCUCAAGUACGACGCCAUCCCUGAGGAGCUCAUCAUGGUUCUUACGCACGAGCUCACAAAGUGGUGGGAGAAGGAGCGUGUCGAGGCUGGAGGACCUGCUACGGGAGGGUGGGGGACUGGGUCGGUUCUGAUGCCCGAGACCGGAGACCGUGUCACCGCUAAGGUGGCGGUGGAGACAAAGUUCAAGUCGGUGUAUGUGCCCCUUUUGCUCAACUAUGUGGCGUCGCACAAGGAACAGCUGAUGCUCUUGGAGAAGCUGGAGCGCUAUGCCAAGGCGAACGACAAGUCGAUGCGCAACCACACCGCACAGUUGAUGGCCUUGUACAAGUUUGACAUUUUGGAUGCCGAUGCGAUCCUGGAGUGGUGGCGUUUGCUCAAGGAGCCUCAGGGCGUUUUUGGUCAUGGCAACGGCCUCCGCAGCAUGGUAGGACAAAAAAACUCAAUGGGACUGAGCUCCAAGUUUGUAGCAUGGCUUGAGGACGAGGAGGACGACUCGGAUGACGACUCGGAUGACGAUGAUGACUCGGAUGAGGAAUCCGAUUCAGAGGACGAGCAUGAGGAGGAGCUUGACGAGGCAAUUGACGCUAACGGUCAAGGCAAGAUCGUCGGGCUCGAUCUUUUGGCGCGGGAGGAGCUGUUGAGUCCACGCAACUUGUUCCAGAGCCUAGACGACGACCUCGCACAAGCUGACGCCGAAAAGGAGAGGAUGAUGGUGAUUUUGUCGGACGAUGGAAUGGAUGACCAGAUGUCGACGUCGUCAUCGCUGGAGCGGAUCGAAGAAUGUGAGCGCAAGCGCAGGAUCAGCUUCUGUACCAACAAUGUCUACAUUCACCAGAAUGGCCGCGUCCGAGUUGACAAGGCUCCAGUCUCGGAUGAGCAAAGGUGCAAGAUGGAGCAAUGUCCUCCCUUUGAAGCUCCAGUUGAUGACGAGGAAGAGGAGGAGGAGGGAGAAGAGGAAGAGGAAGAUGAAGAGGAUUCGGACGACGAGUAG